UUUGAAAUAGGUAUUGCAAAGAUUUAUUGUUUGUGGCAAUCGAUUUUACAAUGGCCGAGAUAGAUGGUAAUCCAUGUGUAAAAAAUGAUCAUGAAAUAAACAUACGCCGAGGCCUGGAUGUCAUACAAAGUAUGAUAGAUAUUUCUGCAGAUCGCCUCGAAGGGCUAAGGACACAAUGUGCUACAAGCGCCGAACUCACUCAACAAGAAAUUCGUACUUUAGAAACAAAACUCGUAAAAAUGUUUUCGGAGUUGCUUCUUACAAAAGCAAAGUUACCAGAAAGAUUGCCUAGUCGUGGACUUCCUACUGCUGGAAACGAGCUAAGACAAUGGCUACGAGUUGUAGGGCUAAGCUCUGCUUCAGUAAACGCUGUGAUACAAAAGGUUAAUUCGUUGGAGUUACUCCUUGAUAAAAAUGAUGAUGAACUGCGUGAAAUAUUAGCCAACAACAUUAAUGCCCGUGAUGAGGAACUUCGUCGUUUAGUUCGUGCAAUGAAUAACCUUAAACGAUGUCGUGGUCAGCUUCAUUCAGGUGAUUUGAAGGACCCUUUGGAUUUAUACUGGGAUUCAUGGGAUCGUCAUCCUUCUCAUCACCGUGCAUCUCCCAGAAUUAAUCGUGCACAACCGCGAAUCGGAGUAAAACUUUCACAACCCAUUCACCGUUGUAACGGAGUAAUACAAAAUCCUAUGGAUGUAAUUCCUGCAGUGACACCUUCGCCAGAUAUUAUUCCAGAACGAUUACUACAUCCCCACAAUAUAAUUUCACCGGAUGAAGGUUCCACCUACACACUAACUCCAUCACCGUCUCCUCCAAAUUCUCCUUCAAAUGUGUCAUUGACAAAACAAGCGAAGAAAGGGUUUCCAACCACGCCACCACCGAAGAAAAAACAUCAAACACACAUCCGGCAUACUGCUUCUCAACAAACUAAUACGCAACAGCAGCAAGUGUUACAUAAUAAUAACUGUAUUAAUGCGAUCAAUCCAAAUGUUAAUGUACAUACUGAACAGUUUGCAACGCUAACGAAAUCCAAAUCACACGAAUGGCAAUUCUUGCCAAAUCAGCCUCUACAACUGACGGAGCCAUCGGUUAACAUCAAUCAGCAAAAUAUGGUCAACUCUAAUAAUAUUACCCCAAGUUUACAACCACAGGCAAUCACUACAACGGUUGGUAAUGGAAGCGUUUCAACGAUGCCGGCAGUACGGACACGCUUACAUACAGAACCGACUCUUGAUCAACAGCAAACCCACGAACUUAUGGAAAACACCAUAUCUUCAUUUCAUAAUCUUUCUAUUCCACCGAAGUCUCCCUGUACACCAAUCAUUACACGAGGAAUGGGUCACAUGAUUCAACACCGUUUCACUAAAAAGUUAAAAGUUAGUACCUGCAAUCUAUGUAACAAACAAAUGAUCUUUGGUUUAAAAUGUACAGAAUGUAAAUAUCGAUGUCACAAAGAUUGCAAAUCAAACGUUCCCCCAUCUUGUGGGCUGCCGCAAGAGUUUGUGGAGGAGUUCAAGAAAAGUUUACAGUCUGAUACGCUAAUGCCGAACAUAUCACCAAAUCUCGGCAGUCGCAGUAUGUACACACGAGAUCGUAGUCGCGUUCCUGUACAUGGAAUACAUGCAGGUCCCGAUAGCAGCUCCGCAGGAUCUAGUUGCAAUAGUUCGUCUCCUUCCAGUCCAGCCUUGUUAUCUCUGCCUCCGCAAACUCCCGCAGCAUCAAAACACUUGCAAUUUAAUUUUCCAGAGGUUUCAACUGGACACAAUUUAAAUCAUAUUGCAGAAAAAGAUGGGAUAAUGAUCGAAACUCAUUCAAUUAAUAAUAAUCUUAAAUCUAGUGGCAUUGACCUAAUCAGUCAAGGCAAUAAAAUUCCCAAAGUUUACCUUUCGAAGCUUCCAGAAUCGCAAAAAAGUAACGAUAGUGAUAAAACUGGUUCUACUAGCGCUGCCAGCACUGAUUCCUCUUCGGAACGUACACCUAUUCGACUUGAUUCAACAGAGGAACGUGAAAACGAUAAUUGGCCCAGACAAAAUAGUCUGUCACUCAAAGAAUGGGAUAUUCCGUACGAUGAUCUUAAGUUACUAGAAAAAAUUGGAAACGGUCGUUUUGGUACAGUCCAUAGAGCUCUUUGGCAUGGUGAUGUAGCUGUAAAGUUACUUAAAGAAGAUUACGUAGCAGACGAACGAACUCUGGAAGCAUUUAAAUUGGAAGUGGCUACAUUCAAAAAGACUCGUCAUGAAAAUGUAGUAUUGUUCAUGGGCGCAUGUAUGAAACCUCCACGAUUGGCAAUCGUAACAUCGUUAUGUAAAGGCAAUACCUUGUAUACACAUAUUCAUAUUCGGAAAGAUAAAUUCAAUCUAAACCGUACUACAAUCGUCGCCCAGCAGAUUUCACAAGGAAUGGGGUACUUGCAUGCGCGUGGCAUUGCUCAUAAAGACUUGCGAACAAAGAACAUAUUUUUAGAAAAUGGAAAAGUGAUAAUAACAGAUUUUGGUCUUUUCAGUGCCACAAAACUUUCUUAUUGUGAUCUAGGCUUAGGAAUUCCGAGCGGCUGGUUAUGCUAUUUAGCACCAGAGUUGAUGCGUAAACUUACCUCGUAUCGUCCGGUUGAUGGUGAUUUGCCUUUCUCAAGAGCUUCGGACAUUUAUGCAUUCGGAACGGUCUGGUAUGAACUGCUUUGCGGAGAAUUCCCGUUCAAAUACCAGCCGCCAGAAUCCGUCAUAUGGCAAGUUGGUCGCGGAAUGAAGCAGACUUUAGCAAACCUUCAAGCGUCGAGAGAUGUAAAAGACAUUUUAAUGGUCUGCUGGACUUAUCAGGCUGAUGACAGACCAGACUUCGCUAAACUUUUGGCAAUGCUAGAGCGGUUACCAAAAAAAAGGUUAGCUCGUUCUCCAUCUCAUCCAGUGCAGUUAUCACGAUCAGCCGAGUCAGUUUUCUAAAAACGGCAAAAUAUUAGUUUUCGUAUCGUACGUAUAUUGAUAAUAAUUCAAACCGUGAAAGAGCAACAAAUUUUGAUCUGUCCUUUUACCAGUAAAAACAAUGCCAGGCUAACUUUGGGUUUGCAAAAAAACUAGCAUAAUAAAAAUUAAGUGAAACCAAAUGUCCUCAAGAUAUCAGAAUAAUUAGGAAGAUAUAUGUUAAUAAGAGGGUUGCGCAAAUGGUCUCAGCUAUUAUAAAGUUGUUAGGCGCGACAAUACAUAAAACGCAAAUAAUUUAUUAAACACUCUCUACAUAAAGACGCUUACUCGAAGAAUAUAUUGGAUUCACAUUAUGGAAUAAAUAUAGGAACCUGACAUGUAGCAUACUAAAACCGUAUAAAUUCUGAGUAGAGUUAUUUUCAUCUAUGUUUUAUUUUUACGGCAAGCUACUC